GGAAAGCGAAGUCUCGCAAACAAAUAGGAGAAGGGUCGAUUAGAUGGGAUGGGAUGGGAUAUUUUGAAGGCCUUUUCUUGUCUUGUUCUUCUUACUUGUUAUUCUUUGUAAUUUCAAUUAACUACCUCCUGACUAACUAAAGCACCUAACGUACUUGAGCUAAUUGUGGAUAUUUGCAACAUACCAACAACAACAACCAACAUUAGUUGGCAUAACAUCAUCAUCAUCACCACCCAUCGCGGUCUUUUGUGCAACGUCAAACCCCCCCCUGGGUCUACCUACAUCGGGGAUCCAAAUCGUUGUCAGAUCCAUCCUGCUGCAAGCCACAGGAACGGGAAGGAGACGCGGAAGAAGAGAGAUAGGUAGUAAUAGUAAUAGGUAGUAAAGUAUCCGACGAGAUGGGCGAAUUCCCAACGCUGGUCCGGCCGCCGCCGCUCGACACGUCCAAGGCGCCUAUCGAGAACGCGCUUGAGCUAACUGAGCUGAGCAUCAUCGGACCUGACCUCUUUACCAAUACGCGCGAGCUGUGGCAUCCGCCCGGCGCGCGGGGGAUAUACGGAGGCGCUGUUAUUGCGCAGACGCUUGCUGCUGCCCAACGCACCGUCCCGCCAAACUUCGUGGUGCACUCGUACCACUGCUUCUUCGUGCUAGCAGGCGACUCCAGUGUGCCCAUCCUGUACCAUGUCGAGCGUGUGCGCGAGGGCCGGUCCUUUUGCACCCGUACCGUGCAAGCCCGCCAGCGCGGCCAUGCCAUCUUCACCGUCACGUGCUCAUUCGUGCGCGAGGGCAGCGGUGGCGAAGAGUCCGUCUCGCACGCCGUGCCCGUUCCCGCCGAGGCGCUCGCCCAGACCCCUCCGGACGACUACCAGGACCCGCCGUUCCUGCGCCGGGCCGGCGACGAUCCGUUCCAGAGCUUCCGGUGCAAAGCCCCCGGGGACGGCGACGAGUCGAGCUCGCCCACGGCUAAGCGCGUGUGGCAGUGGGUUCGCGCGCGCGGCAAGAUCAGCGAGAAGGGCGGUCUCAGGGCGCACCUGAGCGCGCUGGCGUACGUCAGCGACUCGUACUUCAUCGGCACCGUCAGCCGCAUCCACCGGCUGUGGAGGUACCCGGUGCGGCCGGAGGACAUGGGGAAGCUGGAGCCGGAGGUGCGGAAGCACAUGGAGCAGCUGAACGAGUGGGAGGGGUACGGGACGCUAGAGAGCACGGCGAAGCGGCCCGAGGUGGGCAUGAUGGUGUCGCUGGACCACUCCAUCUACUUCCACAACCCGAGCAAGGUGCGCGCCGACGAGUGGAUGUUCGUCGAGAUGGAGAGUCCCUGGGCGGGAGACGGCAGGGGCGUGGUUAUGCAGAAGAUUUACAGCCGCGACGGGACGCUGCUUGCUACCGCGUUUCAGGAGGGCGUCGUAAGAUUGAAGCAGAAGAAGAGGGAUCAGAGCCAGGAGAAGGCGAAGCUAUAGGAGGCCGCGGCUGGCCUUGCCACGGAAGAGGAGGAGAGGUAAUAGAAAGGGACAUGGUGAAGUGCGUAUGCUACAGCAAGUGGAUGCGAGUUUUUAG